UUAGUGUCUCCAGGAAAAGGAUCAUCAUAGUCCGCUGUCCGCCCCAACGGUUGUUGGGUGGACUAGGGCUUUUCUCUGUAGGAUCAGGGUUUCACUCUUCCCUUCCCCGUUCCCACGUUGUGAGCGAGAGAGAUCUUCUCAGAUCGUCAGGAUGUCGAUGGAGGAAGGUCCUACAGUUGCUGCCGAGUCACCAGCACCGGCUUUAGGAGAGCCAAUGGACAUCAUGACAGCUUUACAACUUGUUCUAAAGAAAUCACUUGCUCAUGAUGGGCUUGCUCGUGGCCUCCAUGAAGGAGCCAAAGCAGUUGAGAAGCAUGCAGCACAACUCUGUGUGCUUGCUGAGGAUUGCGACCAGCCAGAUUAUGUGAAGCUGGUUCGUGCGCUCUGUGCUGACCACAAUGUGAGCUUGAUAAGUGUUCCCAGUGCCAAAACUCUUGGCGAGUGGGCUGGGCUCUGCAAAAUUGAUUCGGAGGGAAAAGCCAGGAAAGUUGUUGGUUGUUCCUGUGUAGUUGUCAAGGACUAUGGUGAGGAAUCUGAGGGGCUUCAUAUUGUUCAGGAAUACGUGAAAUCUCAUUGAUUUCAGGGGCUUCUCUUUAAAGUAUUUGCUGAGGACUAGAAUGGUCUUUAGUUAGAAAUCAGUCUUGGUGUGUGUGUCGGCUGCCGUAUUUUGAGGAAUGGAUCAGCUUUUCUGGUCGAUCGGUGGUCUUUUUCACAUUAAAUAGGGUAGAUAUCUCAGCUCUCUUUCCUCUCGUUCAUCAGUAGUUUGCUUUUGUCAGAACAUUCCAAUUUUAUACUGAAUGAUAACGUCUCUCUUUUGUGUA